GGGAACAGAGGCACGGGAGAGAGGGAUCGGCUGCAUGCCACGCAGCAACAUCGCUUCUUACUUCCUGCACUCCCCCAUUCGCCUUUGACUUCCAUCCUCAUCCUCCCAUCCCGCUCUCUCCCUAUACCCUCACCCACACUCUUCCCUUUCCUUCUCUCCUUCCCACUCCUUUCCUGCAGCUCGACCCAAAGCCUGCCAUGGAGUCCGCCCCGGACAACGGCCUCUCGGCCCCCUCCCCCCUCGCCACCCUCCUCUCCUCCGCAACACACUCCCUCGUUACAAAGGCGCUCGAAACAGCCGUCGCCACCGCCACCACAGCCGCAACCCACACCCUCCACCAACAGCACCACAACCACGACCACAACCACGACCACAACGCGUUCGAGGCCAGUCCAGAGGACCCUGUCUCGCCUUACGGGACCUUGCCCCUGCUGCGGUCGCUCUUCUCCUUCUCGGUCUCCGUCCUCGGCUUCAUGACCAUGACCCUGCCCACUGCCCUCUACCGCCUCCUAUCCUGGUCCUUCACCCUGCACCUAACCUUCACCACCCUCCUAAUCGCCGUCGCCCUUCUGUGUCUCCUCGCCUGGACCGUGAUCCGCUACCGCGUCCUCACAAAGUACUCGCGUCUGCCGCAUACCAGCCUGGGAAAGCACGGGUCCUCCUUUGAUCUGCACCCCGACAACCCCUUCAAAAGUCCACAGGAGGAGAAGGAAGGCUUGAGCUACCCGGACGAGUUCCUGAGCGCCUUCCUCUCCAGCAUCAAAAUCUUUGGCUACCUCGAACAGCCCGUCUUCCACGAGCUGGCCAGACAUCUGCAGACCCGUCGCCUACCCGCUGGAGAUACCAUCAUGCAGAGCCCGGAUAUGGAGCGUUCCUUCUACAUUGUUGUCGAUGGAUGUGUGCAGGUCUACGAGAAGGUCGUCAAGGACGAGGAGGAUGAACACUAUCAGGAGGAGGAGGAGGAGGACGGCGACACUUCUUCCUGGGACGACCCCCACCACGGAUACCAACUCCUGAACGAGGUCAAGAACGGAGGCACGCUCAGCAGUCUGUUCACCAUCUUGACGCUAUUUACGGAAAACGUUAAAUUGCGCCACGAGGAUGAGCCCUUGAAGGAGUUCAAGCGAUCUAGGUCCACCUUAGGAGAGGACGACGUCUCUGUUAAUAGCUCAGCCCUUGGCAGCGAUCACGACCAACGCAGAAAACAGGAGGGAAACAACAAGUGGAAGCAUUCGCCUGCUCACGGCUCCGGUCUCCGGACCAAAGGCACCAUCCACACUCCGACCAGCCCACUCUCUAACCCGGACCACAUGGCAGUCUUUGAGGACGACGGCGCCGAGAUUCAGGAGAGAUCAGCAGGAGAGGGCAUGGACCGAACGCCGCGACAGGUGCAUAUCCAAGGAUUCGAGGAUGCAGACCCAGACCGCCAACAACGGCGGCCACAGGCGCCAACGAAAUCCGGCGUUGAGACCAAGGAUUAUCAGGCAUCCAAGAUGAAGCGUCGGGUCAUUGUGGCAAAAGCGAUGGUGGACACGACCCUGGCUGUCAUCCCUGCAGAGGCAUUCCACCGUCUGACCCAAAAGUUCCCUCAGGCAGCUGCUCAUAUUGUGCAGGUGAUCUUGAUCCGCUUUCAACGCGUGACCCUCUUGACUGGACACAAAUAUCUGGGCCUGACUAAGGAGCUGCUACGCAUGGAGAGGAGCAUCAACGAGAUUGGAAGCUAUGGUCUACCGCCCAACUUUUUCCGACCCAAAACAAUGGAGUAUCUCAAGGCCAAGUUCAGCACCGUCCGGGAAGAGAGCGACGACGACGACGAUCGGCCGAUUGCUAUCAGGAUGAAGAACGCGCGCAGGGCUGCCAGCCCUUUGGUAAAGACUAGCACACGUCCUACGGAAAGAACGUCUGGGUACGAAAGCCCUAAUCCUAUGUCUCCAAUCGAUGAGAGCGGCGACCAUAUUCGUCACGGAUCAGGAUUCAGCGCCUUGCUGGGGGACCAAAGCGAGGAAGAGGACAGCUAUCUGCGGGAUCAGGUCAUGGAGUGUCUUUCUCGAAGUAUCGGCCUUGUUCAGACAUCACCUCCGAAACCCAACGCCAGUCUACGCCCGGAUCUGAAACCGAUAGGCAGCUCGGAUUAUUUCGCUGCCAUGUUCCAGGCAAGUCUGAACGGUGGCCCAGGUGGACCUCCUAGCGGACUAGGAGGGUUACCAAUGCGAAAGACUGGAUCGUCAAACUCGGACAAUAUCACCAUUGGAACGGACGACCUAAACACCUCCAACUCGUCCUCGACGGUCCCCUCAGUGAUGAGUGAGAUGGAGAACGAUGUCGAGAUCAUGUACUUCCCCGCUGGGGCCAACCUGGUCGAGGAAGGCGAGCGCAACGCAGGGUUGUUCUUCGUUAUCGACGGCGUGCUGGAUGUCUCUAUCCUGCGCAGGCAGGACAUCAAGUCGCAGACGACGGAUACACCGACCGAGCAACCAAAGAACGCCUUUGGUCACCAUUUGUCAUCGUUGGAUCUGAAGGCAAAUCUCACGUCGCCUACUGUCACCAAAUCACCGCCGGCAAAGUCCAGCAGUUCGUCUAUCCGCAAGAAACAGAGCCAUGCGUUGUUCUCGAUCCAGGCAGGUGGAUUGGCCGGCUAUCUCUCUGCGUUGUCUGGAUACCCUUCGUUCGUCACAAUCAGUGCCCGCACGAACGCCUUUGUGGGAUACCUGUCCAAGGCCGCGCUGGACCGCGUCAUGGAGCGUAACCCCACCGUCCUUCUCACGCUCGCCAAGCGUCUCAUCACCUUGGUGUCUCCUAUCGUGCUUCACUUGGAUUACGCGAUGGAGUGGAUGCAGGUCUCUGCCAGUCAGGUACUACAUCGCCAGGGGGACGAAUGCGACUCGAUUUACAUUGUCCUGAACGGUCGACUUCGAACGAUCAUCGAAAAGGAACCGGGCAAGAUUGAGAUCUUGAGCGAGUACAGUCAGGGCGAGUCCGUCGGAGAGAUGGAGGUGCUCAUGGGCACAGCCUUCCCCUCAACCCUGCAUGCUAUUCGUGACACAGAGGUGGCCAGGAUGCCCAAGACACUGUUUAAUGCGCUCGCACUGCGGCACCCGGAGAUCACCAUCAGGAUUUCGAGACUGAUUGCUCAACGUGCGAGUGAUGCCAUGGGCAGUGGAGCCAACCCCAAGGCUGUUGGGGUAACACCCGACUCGGCGAUCAAUAACUCGAAUUUGAGGACCAUUGGUAUCAUACCUGUCUCGUCGAAUGUGGCCGUCAGCGAGUUUGCCGAUCGACUGAAGACAGCGUUACUGGGGAUCGGAUCGACCUGCACACUGCUGAACCAUAGCACGGUUAUGAAUCUGUUGGGCAAGCAUGCGUUCACCAAGAUCGGCAAGCUGAAACUGGACAGUUGGUUGAACGAGCAAGAAGAGAUGUCGCAGAUUGUACUCUACCUCGCGGACGGCGGGUUGACCUCGCCCUGGACUCAGACCUGCAUCCGACAGGCGGACUGUAUCCUGUUGGUCGGCCACGGAGAUGAGGAUCCGACGGUGGGAGAUUAUGAGAGACUCUUGAUCAGCAUGAAGACGACGGCCCGCAAGGAGCUGGUGCUCCUGCAUGCGAACCGACAUUGUGCACCCGGAUCGACGGCUGCGUGGCUGAAAUCGAGAGUCUGGGUGCAUGCACAUCAUCAUGUCCAGAUGCCUUUCAGGGGGCCGACGAUGCUCGGUGCGACUUCCAGGAAGAAGACGAUCAUGAAUUUGAAGGAUCAUCUGGAAAAGUUCUACACCAACAUUCGGCACAACAACCCGAACAAGAGUCCGGCUUUCCAUGGAAACAGGAGUGAUUUUGCCAGACUGGCAAGGCGCUUGACAGGUCGUACCGUCGGACUGGUCCUCGGCGGAGGAGGUGCCCGUGGUAUCUCGCAUAUUGGAGUGAUCAGAGCGUUGGAAGAGGCUGGGAUUCCGAUCGAUAUCGUCGGGGGCACGAGCAUGGGCGCGUUCAUCGGAGGACUGUACGCACGUGAGUCGGAUAACGUGGCUAUUUUUGGAAGGGCCAAGAUGUUUGCGGGUCGCAUGGCGGCCAAGUGGAGGAUGGUUGCAGAUUUCACCUAUCCGGUGACAUCGUGGACGACAGGACAUGCCUUCAACCGCGGCAUCUGGAAGUGCUUCAGCGACACGCAGAUCCAAGAUUUCUGGCUGUCGUAUUAUUGCAACACCACCAACAUCACGUUCUCGAGGAUGGAGAUCCACCAGGCAGGAUACGCAUGGCGCUAUAUCCGAGCAUCGAUGUCGCUCUCUGGAUUCUUGCCCCCGCUGUGCGAUAACGGCCACAUGCUGGUGGAUGGAGGGUACAUGGACAACUUGCCGGUCGAGUUUAUGAAGUCCCUGGGCGCGAAUACGGUCUUUGCGGUGGAUGUGGGCAGCGAUGAUGACACGACGUUGCAGUACUAUGGUGACAGUCUGUCGGGAUGGCUGGUGUUGUUGAACCGCUGGAACCCGUUCUCGAACGUGUACCGCAACAUCCCCAAUUUGGCGGAUCUGCAGUCGAGGCUGGCGUACGUGUCGAGCGUGAAGCAGCUGGAGGAGGCGAAGAGGACACCGGGGAUGUUCUACCUGAAGCCGCCGGUGCAGGAUUUCGGGACGUUGGAGUUCGGGAGGUUCCUGGAGAUUUGUGAUGUCGGGUAUGAGUACGGUAAGGAGAUGUUGGAGAAGUGGAAGGCCGAGGGUAAGCUGAGCCAUUUGUUCUUGGAGAACGAGAUGAUGAAGAGUCGGCGCGUCAAGCGUGUCCGUCGCAACUCCAUUUAAAAAGCAGAAAAAAACGGCACAAGAAAAAAAUAAAAUAAACUUUUGGCUUUGGUUACACAUUUCUGUAGCCAAUAGAAUGAGUGAGAG